UGGUAGAAUAAGAUCGCAUAACCCUAUCUUGUGAAAGAUUGCAAAUCUCGAUAAGCGCGUUAUCUCUGGACCAUGUGUCGGCCCUCGGAACAUUUACCCAUCGGGCGACCGGUCUACUGUCAUGUGAUAUUUAUCUCACCGUCGUGAUCCGACCACUCCGAUCUCCGAUGGAGAGAUGCGAUACUCAUCGCCAUGGCGGUGGCUUCUACAGGGACACAUGCCACUACGGCUUUAUUCAACUAUGAUACCUUUCCACCUCGAACCCUCAAGCAGCACGCCCAGACCCAUCUGCGAACCAUACCGCCACCAAACCAUAAACCCAACCUUACAACAACAGCGGCCAUUCCCCUUCCUAUCUCUCCCCCCAGAACUCCGCAUCCAAAUCUACGACCUGCUUCUCAGCCGUACUACCCCAAACACCAUCCCUUCAACUCCCCUCUCCCCCAAAUCACCCACCCACACCCACACCCAGAUCCACCCCGCCAUCCUCCUCACCAACAAACAAAUCCACACCGAAUCCCUCCCCAUCCUCUACACCCACAACCACUUCACCGCCUCCACCCCGGACCACCUCUCCCACUUCAUCACCCAAAUCGGCCCCCACAACAUCCAACUCCUCCGCUCCCUCUCCCUCUUCAUCCCCUGGCGCGGCAGCGAAGUCUGGCCCUGGGUGAUCCUCCUCACCUACCUUUCUCAGAAAGCCACGGGCUUACGAUGGCUGGAAGUCGGAUGGGGCGCGAAUUGCGAAGACCCGUGGAAUUUGAAGCCGGGGGCGGAGGAGCGCGGGUUGGGGGAUAAUGUGCUGUUUGUGCAGGCGUUGGCGAGGAUUAAGCAGGCGGGAACGGAGGGGUUGGUUCCGUAGUACAUAGACUUGAUAAUUAUGGUGGUGGUGGUUGAUAUGUCAGUCUUGAAUUGGUUUAUGCGUUGAAUUAGCGUUAUAUACAUA